CUAUGCUUCAAUCGCAAUGUUUUGAACGUUGAAUUAAUAUCCUUCAUUUUAAUUUUGAAGUUUGUGGUUUAGUUUUCGUUAACUUCUGUAUAGCUAGGUUCCUAUUUGUUUAUAAAAUUGAAUGAUGUAUCUAAGGGCUGCUUGUUAGUUAUUUUUGAAAGCAUCUAUUAUUAAAGGCCCUUGUUAACAUCUCUAGUUGCAAAUUUCUCAAUACUCUAAGAAAAUCUUCUGUGUGUUAACGAAGUAUUAGAAAUACAGCAUUUUUAAAGUUUAAUUUUUCGCCUCGGUGGUGAAACAAUAACAUCGCAAAUGGGUAACUAACACGAGGAUAUACUUUUUAUCACACUUGCUCAAGAAUCAGCAAGAUUUACUUGUGAAUUGAAUUAUCAUGAAAGUGGGGGUGUACCACCGGGAGUUCGGCUGAAGGGCGAGCGAGCGGCAGGAUGUUCGAGAGCAUCCCGCGGCGGGCUCUCAGCGGCUCGAGCGGCACGUACAACGUGCGGGCGUCGGAGCUGGCGCGCGACCGCCGCCUUAAGACGCUGGGCGUGGCCGUGCACUUCCUCGACGACACGCAGCACACCUUCCAGGUCGAGAAACGGGCCAAAGGACAUGCGUUACUGGAAAUGGUGUUCCAACACUUGGAGCUGAUAGAAAAGGAUUACUUUGGGCUGCAGUUCUCCGACAACGGUGUGGCUCCGAACCCUGCAAACUCGGACAACAUGCGCUGGCUUGAUCCAUCAAAACUAGUAAAGAAGCAGCUGAGAGGGAGCCAGUUGUACUUCCGGGUGAAGUUCUACGUGUCGGACCCCAGCAAGCUGCAGGAGGAGUACACGCGCUACCACUUCUACCUGCAGGUGCGGAGGGACAUCCUUCAGGGCCGGCUGCAGCUGCCCCCGAGCACGGCCUGCCUCCUCUCCAGCUACGUGGCCCAGUCGGAGCUGGGGGACUUCAACCCGGACGAGCACGGCCCGGGCUACCUGUCGGCACUCCAGCUGUUCCCCGGGCAGAACGACGAGAUGGAGAAGAAAAUUGCCGAGCUUCACAAGCUGCACAAGGGCCAGACUCCAGCGGAUGCAGAAUUCAAUUUUUUAGAUCAUGCUAAGAGGCUGGACAUGUAUGGUGUGGACUUGCAUCGCGCCAGGGUAAGGGACUCCACGAACAAGGAAAUACAACUGGGUGUCACAUUUGUCGGCCUUGUUGUGUUCCAAAACAACAUGCGCAUCAACACUUUCUCGUGGUCGAAGAUAGUGAAGAUCUCCUUCAAGCGGAAGCAGUUCUUCAUCCAACUUCGGAGAGAACUGAGCGAGGACUACGACACGCUGCUGGGGUUCAACAUGGCGACGUACCGCUCGUCCAAGAACCUGUGGAAGUCGUGCGUGGAGCACCACACCUUCUUCCGCCUUCACUCCCCGCACACUCGGGGUCGCCGCUUCCCCCUCUCCCUUGGCUCCCGCUUCACCUUCUCCGGCCGCACGGAGUUCCAGACCGUGGAGGACGGCCGUCAGCGGGCCCGCCUCGAGAGGACCUUUAUCAGGUCACCAAGCAGACGGAUUGUUGCACCUGCGAUUGAAGAGAAAGCGAAGCUCGUACCUGCACCCACGCGACCUCCGCGGCCAUACGACAAUAAAGUGACGUCGCUGGGGGCGAGGCAGCCCCGCGUCGCCUGGGGAGAAGGCCCUCCACUUCCUUCAGAUGAUGAAGGAGGGUUCGUCGAGAGGGGUGACGAGCUGCCUCCCUUCUCCCCCGCCCUGCAGACGCGGGGGCUGAGCUACAUGGACGACGAGCUGGGCUCGGACCGGACCGGCAGCGCCGCGGACUACGACAUUACCCUCGCCCAGGGCACUGACGAAAACGUGGUUGUGAUACGAAUCCUGCCGGAUGAACAUGGCCGGUUCGGCUUCAAUGUGAAGGGAGGCGCGGAUCUCAACAUGCCCAUCUUCGUGUCGCGGGUUGCGGCCAACACGCCUGCGGACCGCUGCUACCCCAGGCUCAGUGAAGGCGAUCAGGUGGUGUUGAUCAAUGGCCACGAGGUCAUCGGGCUUCUACACGAGCAAGUCGUCAACCUGAUUCGAGCUUCUCGGGAUUCCGGAGCUGGGGAACUGGUGCUGUCUGUCAGGCCUAAUGCCGUGUACGAGGCGCACCAGGAGGAGGAGGAGGAGGAGGAGCCGCCGUACCAGUACGUGCCAGACCUGCCCCUCGCGGGGGAUCGCGAGGGGCGGCUCGCAGAGUCCAUGCUGCUGCUGGCGGACGGGCUGGCCGGCGGCGCCCUCGUCGCCCAGUUCGAGCAGCUCUACCGCAAGAAGCCAGGGCUCAGCUUCGACGAGGCCAGGAAGCCCCUCAACCAGGCCAAGAACCGAUACCACGACAUCUGGCCCUAUGAUGCCACAAGGGUGGUGCUGGUUGCUGGGACUUCUGGGGACUACAUCAAUGCCAACUACGUCAACAUGGAAAUCCCUGGUUCUGGGAUCAUCAACAGAUACAUUGCCACACAAGGCCCGCUGCCCGGGACGGUGGCGGACUUCUGGCAGAUGGUGCUGGAGGCGCAGAGCACGCUGGUGGUGAUGGUGACGCCGCUGGCCGAGCGCGGCCGCUCCAAGUGCCACAAGUACUGGCCGCAGCCCGGUGAGGCGGGCGAGUUCGGCCACCUGCGCGUCGCCUGCCUCAAGGAGGAGGCCGACGAGACGGGCAGCUUCGUGUUCCGCGAGUUCCGCCUCACCUGCCCCGAGACGCAGGAGGAGCGCCACAUCAGCCACAUGCAGUACCUGGCGUGGCCCGACCACGGCGUGCCGGAGGACUCGACCCGGUUCCUGCAGUUCGCGCGGCGGGUGAGGCAGGCCCGGGCCGGCAUGGUGGAGCCCACCGUGGUGCACUGCUCGGCGGGCAUCGGCCGCACGGGAGUGCUGGUGCUCAUGGAGACAGCCAUGUGCCUGGUGGAGGCCAACGAGCCCGUCUACCCGCUGGACAUCGUCCGGGCCAUGCGCGACCAGCGCCCCAUGAUGAUACAGACGCCCAUCCAGUAUCGCUUUGUUUGUGAGAGCGUUCAUCGAGCCUAUAGUGAAGGUAUAGUACGUCCAUUGCCAGAGUUUUGCAGCUGAAGUAAAAUUUGAACAAACUGUUUUCUCUAUGAAAAGGAAAUGCACCAUUUAUACCCUAUAAAAAUUUUUUUAUAAAAUACUUUUAUACAAUGCUACAUAAUUUAUGAAAAUAUCUUAUGAAUAGAAGUGCAGAUUAUUUAUUUUGUAUCGUAUUCAUUGGUGUACAUCAAGACUGAAUUUUUAAAAGGUAGAAAUUUUUUGAUUGUAAAUCAAACUUUUUACUCUGUAAUGUAUUGUUUAUGUGGUACACAGGGGUGCACCCAGUUCAUUUAUUAUGAACUAUAGGCUUGUGCGAAUGCUGCUAGUCUUUAAUAAAACAAAAGUAAAAUAAUAGUAAGCUCAUUUUUGUGAAAAUGAAAUUAAAUUAAAAAAUUGUCAUUAAAGUUUACUUCUUUAUCAAAAUUGUUGAUUUAAUGAGAAUUUCUUUAUUAUUUCAGAAUAUAUGACGUCAUAGUCAAAGUUAUGUUAGCUGUUGUACCAAAAAUAUUUAAUAUUUAAAUUUGGAAUUUAUAGCUAAAAUUAGGAAUGAUUCAGUUGACUUUUUUUUAGAAAAAUAUAUAUAGUAUAUAUUAAUAAAAUCAUUUCAGUUAAAUAAAAAAACCUAAAUUUGGCACUAAAAUAUUCAUGUAAGACAAACAAACAUUUUAUUAUAAUUUUCUUUAAAAGGAUUUCUAUUAGAAACAAAAGUGAAUCAUUCCUGUUUUCACUUAAUGGAUAACAACAUACUGAGUACUCGCACUCCCCUAAUGCACUUAUAAGAGGGGGUGAAUCUCAUGCUUUAUGGCAGCUAAUAAUGCAACUGCACUAAUGCAUCACUCCUCUAUCAAUGACAUUAUUUUGAUGGAACCUUUUAGGUUGGCUUGUUUCUACCAUCAGAAAUCUGUACUGGUAAUGGUAUCCAUAAGUGGUAAUUCAUGAAUUCAUUAUCUGAGGUUCUAGUUCUGCAGAUCUAGUCUGCUUAAAGCACAUCUGUGCAUAGUCUUGUGCAGUGAAACUUUUGCUUCAACCUUUUUUUGAUUCAGUCAUUACUAGAGACAUGCAGUUUUGGGGUUUAUUUUAUAGCAAAAUUCGUUGUUAUUUACCCUUAAAAGUGGUGUUAUCAUACAUCAAAAGCGGUGUUAUUUUUUAAAUAGUUUUAGCACUAUAAAUUAAAAAAAUUAAGCUAAGCAUACCUUGAAAUUUUGGACACAUUCUUGCAUUGUACAGUUGCACUAGCAGCAGUAAUUUACAAUCGAAUUUACACAUCACUUUUUACAUACAGUAAUUGAAAAUAUUUUAGUACCUAAACCAGCAAAAAUAAAUAUGAAGUCUCUAAAAUAGUGACAUAAACACAUGGAACAAAAUCCUCAAACUUUAGCUCUCGAAAGCAAAAGUAGCCAUGAUACACAAAUUAGCCUCACUUAAAUUUGUCCUGCGGUCUGUUAAGACUGUGUUAUAUGAGGACAAAAAUCGUUCACAGUCAACGUUUGCAGAAGGCAUCCAGAUGGCUUCAAGGCAGCUGGAAGCAAACAAUGGCUGUGACAGCUUUACUACAUUCAAUGACUUCACUACGUCCACUGAAUUGUCUGUUUCCAUUUGUUUUGUAACAAUGUCCUGAAGCUGACCAAAACCAGCUGUUAAUUCUUCAGUGCUUAUGGAGUAGAGACUAUGGACAGUUUUCAGUUUCUGCACCAUUUCUGGGUUUAAUUUAGCAAGCAACAAACUUUCCUGACUAAAAAUUUGAAUUGCUUCAAAUCUCUUUCUACUUGGGUCAGUUGUCAUGAGAGAGUUCAGUUUGGAAAGGGCUUGUGUUGCUGUUCUUGUGAUGGACACUUUAGCUUCAGCAGCUUUAGCGGGGGGCAUGUUAGACAAAGCUCUACUGGUUGCCUCAAAAUAAAUGCCACGAGUGAUGUUUUCAAAUUUUUUUUUUAUACCUUGCAAGUCCCCAUAUAGUGAAUGGGCAGUUGGAUACAAAGAACCUUCAAGUUUCUGUAUUAGCUCUACAAGGCUCUUGGCAUGCUCUUUCACAAAGACAGCUUGACAAAGAAUGAGAGAAAUGUCAUUUUCUGUGAGUGAACACAGAAACUCAACCCCUGAAUUUUGUGUUGCCUUUAGUUCAUCUGUUUUGCAGAAAUCAACAAUGUCAUGUAUGUAGUCUGCUACAUAAAAAACGCUGUUGAACCAGGAAUUCCAUCUAGUAACAACAGGAAGUGGGAACAAUGGACGUUUCUCUCCAUGCUUUUCUUCAAGAAAGCUAGCAUACAGGUGCCUUCUUUUCCUGGUGUUGUUGAACACAUUUUUUAUUUUGCUCAUAGCAUUGUUCAACUCAGGCAACUCUUUCACCCAGACAUUGCCAACUAGAUUUAACUUAUGUGCCCAGCACUGGACAUGCGUUAACUGGUCUCCAAGGAUUACUUCGAGAGUACUAACAGCCUUGGUCAUAUAACGAGCAGCAUCGGUUACUACUGAGAGCACAUCACCAUACUGUACAUUGUACAUUUUGAGUGAAUCUAAAAUUGCCCUCACACAGUUUGUGGCAUUAGCAGCUUCAAGAAAGUGAACUCCUGCAACAAAUAUUUCUGGUUUAUCCUGUUGAAGAUUCAGAAUUCUAAAUAAAACAACAAAUACACACCUACCCAUUUUAUCUGUUGUUUCGUCGCACAGUAUGUCAAUUUUUUUGUCCUUUAAUGCAGUUUUGGCAUCUUCAAUUCUGCAUUUGGCUAUGUCCCCUACAUAUUUCUCACGGACUGUUCUCGCAAGUGGCAUGUCUCCAGCACCUUCGAUGUAUUUGUUCAGCCAUGCCCUGAUAUUAGGAUCAUCAAGCUUUUCAAGGGGUAUAUUUGCCUUUAUAAAGGUCUCUGCUGUUUCCUUUAUAAAUUCCAACUUUUUGUCUUUUUGGACAUUAUUUUUUGCUGUCUGAAACGCUGAAGAUAUUGACGACUGGCGUUCAGACGCACUAGAUGAGCCUUGCAAUGAAGAGAGACGCUUCUUGUGUUUUUCACUGCCUACAUGUUUUUCACAUGAGUCUUUCCUAUCCCAAGAGACGGUGACAUUACAGUGACGACAAAAAAGUGUGGUUGAAUCACUAGCAUAAAGUCCGUGUUGAGAAAAUUCAGAGGCUCGCUGUUUUGCAGUUACCGGCACUUUAGGCAUUUUAAUAGGCCUAAUGUUUUAGCCGACCUUUAAAUUGUACACCUUUAAUUUAUUUCACAGACGUUGAAAACUAUCUGUAACAAAAUUCGACCCGUUAAACUUUAACUUGCGCACAACAGAAUGUUACGAAUCGUCACCGUGUUUGCAUUUUAAAUUUGGUAUUUGGUUAAUAAAAAUGGACGCAAUGGACAAACAACGCCAAAGACUAUAUAAGAGAACAACGCUUCGAGAAACAACCUGCUGUAAACACCGUGAUAAUCGACUGUCCAGGCGAGCCGAAUAUCAAAAUACAGCAAAACCCCUUAUUUGCACUUUUCAUGGGGACAAAGUAAAAAAGUGUAAAAAGCGGGAAAGUGUAAAUAAAGGGAAAAGUAAGAAAUACGUUAAAGUUAAUUAAAAUACAGUCGCAUCCUGCCGCGUUCAGAACGGGCUACAUUACACAGUAAAAAUAAAUAAAAAAGGGGCGCAAAUUGAUGAAAAUUUACCGUCAAUUGCGCGCCUUGCGCGGAGAAAGGUCAUUGUACUCGAUCAUCUGUUGUUACAGUGCGGCCCAGUGCGGCGUCUGUUCUCUGAGCUGCGCAUGCGCAGUAUAACUCAUUCAAUGCUCCGCCCAGACUCGUGACCUUCCAUCAGCAGCCAGCCAAUAGAAGCGAGCCUAGCGGAAAAAAAAUAUAAGCUCCACCUCCCGUGUACCAGUUUUGUCCAGUUCUAAUACCAGUUUAUUGGUAUACGCACCCGCUUACUCGCUGCCGUGACAUGUUCAAGUUUACGUUCAUCUUGAUGUCUUGAUACCAAUAAUUAAUAAUUUACGAUCCCCACAAAUAAAUGGUUAGUUUAAAAAAUAUGCGUCAACAGUAUAAUACUUCCGAAAUUAUAUAAUACGUAUAAAACAGUUACCAAGAUUCCACUCAUUUUAUCUUGUGAAGUUCAUGUCUCGUACCAGUAUUUCGGCUAAGUUGUGACAUAAAUACAGUAUCAGCACUUACAAUGUUACGAUCAGCCACGUAAUAUUUCCGACAUUUCCGACAUUUCCGUUACGUUUCUAUAUUCGUGAGUUUACGUUUUUCCCUAGUACAUUUUAGAUUGUCUCCUGCUGUAAUUACUCGGACUUUUACACGCCUAGGCUUAAAUUGUUACAUGUUUAGAAAUAAAAGCAACUUUUCAUGUUAUAAAAUACACUGUGUGGGUAGUUAUCUUUGGUUUUUUGUUGUUUCACGUUUGUUACUGUAUUUACAAAUUGAAUUGCCGUGUUCGAAUGAGGAAAAUGUUCUGACUGUUCGCCGAAAAUUCAAGGAUUUCGCGUUAUUAUCCAAAAUGUGAGAAAUUCGCGUUAUUCUUAAAAAUGUACUCAAAUUCGCGUAAAAAUUCGUUUUAUCGCAAUCGCGAAAUAUGCAUGUCUCUAGUCAUUACCUACUACAGUUUUAAAAAAAAAUCAAAUUAUGAUACUAUAAAAUCAACAUUUAUUCUACAGAAAAACAUUUAUGAAAUAUUUAGGGCUAUUAUGUCAUUUUUGAAUAUAUCUAGUAAGAAUUAAUGUAGACAGUAUCAAAAUGUGGAAUGAUUUUUUAAUUAGUAAUAUAAAAACAGCUCAGUAACCUCAGUUAAGUUCUUUUCUUAAUAUUUGUGUUAGUUUUUAUAGAAAAUUUAAUCUCAAAGAUUUAUUUUGUAUUCAUCAUUAACGAUACUGCAAUAAUUUCGUGAUAUAAAAUCAUACACCUUGCUUUUAUUCUAUACUUUAACUGAUUUUCAAAACAUUAGCCUUUUCUGUUGUUUAUUCAGUUAGGGACAUGUUUAAACUGCCGUUACUGGUACAGGUUUUGUCUCGAUCCGAUAUAAACAACUCGGCUCAUCAAGUAUUGUAUAAACUUGAAGUAGAAAACUGAUUUUCAUUCUUAUUGGAAUAUCUUGUUUUAAUAACUAAUUGGUGCCUCAAAUUGUGCAGCACUUUGUACAAAUAAAAGUUUUUUGUUUUAUUAUAUAAAACCUAUUAAAAAGAUACACUAUAUUUAAAGCCACGUAGAGAAAUAAAAUUAUUUAUGUUCUUAUAUUUGUGUGAAAAUGUAUAUGAUGUGUAGUUAUUACACUGUUACUUUCUUCUGUGAAGUUAAUUGUUUCAAGUGUUUGUAAUAGUAUUAUCAAUGCAAAUAUGUAUUUAUUUUUGUGUUUAUGUGUUUCGAAUUGUGCCUUGUGUUUUGAAGCCCUGUGUUGCAAGUCGAUGACGAGUGAAAGAUGUAAGCUUAAAAAAUUUUUUUUUGUUACGUACAAAAAUUUGUUCCGCUAAUUUUGUUUAGUAUAUUUUUGUAUAGAGUAGAAUUAAUCUGAAACAAUUUUUAUUUAGAUGGCUUUUAAUGUUGGAGAGUAUCUCAUACAAAUCUUAAAAACCAAAUAAUUUACUGUUCAUGUUAACAGAGGUGACUAUGUACUGACAUGCCAUUAGAUGCUUCUGUGAAGUUCUUAGCAUCAAACUGAGGCAUUGAUCUGCAGUACAGGUGUGAUCCAGUCCGUCAUGAAAUCAGGAAAAAUGCAAGUUUCUUUUAAUUUGUAAUGCAUAUAAUGUGAGUUUAACGCUUUGACGCAAUUAUUACAUUCAGUUUGGAAGGGUUUCAUUGUUAUGUUGUACUGUAUGUUUAAGUGGUCCAAAGCUAAAACAUAUAACAUAUCUUCAUUAUUCCCGUUAUUAUCCGACAGUGGUGCCUUGCCUGCCAAAUGUAAUCAGAGAAGAGUGUGCCCUCUGUCUCGAUGUAGGAUUCACUGUUAUUCUGGAAAUUUUAAAUUGAUAUCUCAUAACUGAGACUUUUUAGUACUGACUGCUAUUGAUUGUAUUGUAUUGUAUUGUAUUCACUCGUACCCAUUUGCUCUAUGAAUUCUACCUCUAGAAUGUAUUAUAGUAAUAUUAAAAUUUGAAGUAUUUUUAUUCACCGAUUUGUUUUUCGUAAUAUAUGUAGUUUGUUUGUGUUAUUUAUUAAAUUCAAUGUGUUUUAUAUUUCUUACAAAGACAGCCGUAUGUCAUUUUUUUUAUUUUGUUUGAAGUGUCAAAUUUUUGUGGGGUUUGUAGCUACUCACACAUUAUUUACAUUGAAAGUACAUACCCGGUACGUUAGAUGAUAAUAAUAAUAAUGUGUAAUGCAUUAAUUUUACAAGCGGGCUUUUAACAGUUUUAACUUCUUUGUUUAAGCCUGUUUUGUACUAUGGUAGUAUAAAGGUUUCCAUAGUGUGAACACAAUUUUUCUCUGCCACCGCCUUGUUUUCUGCUAUGUACUGUAUGUAGUAACAGCAGAAGAGGUUAUGGUAAAAUAUUAACCAUUUUAAAACAAGUUUCCGUACUGAUUAGAAGAUUCAUGCAUGAGUAUGGGUAGAACAUAAAUUUAUUGGUUUACUUUUUUGUUUAUGAAAUUGUUAAACUAUUAUGCACUAGAAUUUGUUGGCUUUAGUUCCAUUUUUUAUUAUUACAAAAAAAGUUUGUUUUUUAUGAAUGGAAAUUUUGCUUGGAUACGUUCAGUUAACGUCUGUGAAUUGUAGAGCAUUAGAUAGGUGUGUUGGGGAAAAUGUAGUUUCAGUUAAUGAAAACAUAAUUAAACUCAAUUCUUAAUCCUUGUUCAUUAUUUUUCAUUUUGUGAACAACUUACUAAAAUGGUGCCUGUCUGCAUGCUUUUUUCCUUUUAUAAUUUUUAAAUUCUAGCUUUGUGCAUUGUGCGAGUUUGGAAUCUUGAUAAGAGCAAGCUGGUUUUUACGCAAAGUUAACAUCCUUUUUGGGUGUAGGUUAUUUUUUUUAAUUAUGUAUGUUUAUUUUAUCAGGUUAUAGUGAUUGAAAGACUUGGUGCUGUUUAACUUGCCAUAAAGAGUCAUUGUUCGACAAUAAUGACAUUCCCUCCUGUGAAUGCAGACUCACUGAGAUAAUGCAUGAACGCAUCCAAGCUUAUGACUAAGAAGGUGAUUUUGUGGAUGUGUGCUGUACAAAAGUUGGUUGCAGUCUGUAGUGUAAAGCCUGUAAACUACAAUGAAUGGUUUCAUACAGUCUGCAAUGAAAUAUUUAAUGAAACCUUAGAUGUGGCCUUGCAUGCACUCUGCGGUAGAUGUUUCAAUGGAAGAAAUUAUCACGUGUUGAAUAUGUUUGCUGCAGGCAUAGCACAAAUGCUAAAAUAUGCAUCAUACUCUACAGAAAUUACUGUUAAAUGUGGCAGCAAUAAUUAUCACAGAAAAAGAGGUAAAACUGCGUAAAGAAGGGCUUAGCAAGUUUUGAUUUAACCUCCGAGACUUUUCCUUUUGCACUUAACGCACAUAUUUUGCUGUAUCUGACAGAGCACUAUUUCAAAGGUUUUACAAUGGUAGUUUUCCGAAUAAUCUCCAUGUUUAUCGCAAAACACCGUAACAGUUUCAGAAGUCCACACAUUUCUUCCUUUAAUUGGUAUAAAAUACAAUUUGUAUGAAAUAUAACUACCACUACUUGCUUCAUUAAAAGUGCUCUACUGCUACCACCUGAUAGGCUCACGAAACAAACCUUCCACAAAAAAGUUUCGCCUGACCAUUGUACCAAACCUUGCUUCAAAACGGCCAGCAGUAUGCUAAAACUUUCUCGGCAGCUGACACCGCUGUCCAAGUAUAUUUUUGCACCGUAACUUCCAUGAAAUUUCCCUUUGACUGAUAGGGCCUUAACUGUAUAUGUUACCAGUGAACACUUAUGCUUUGUGCUUCAACUAGUUUCCGCUCAGAUUAUCCCUCCUGCCCCUUCCGACCUGCUUACCCCUCACAGCUCACGAGAGGUUUGGCCCGUACUGUUUUCGUUUUUAACCGAACACGUACUUUCUUUGUAAGGUUACAAAUUUGGAGCUAUCCCGAAAUUUAAAUUACCAAAGCCACAAGUGGAAAGCUGGUGAGGGGGGGUGAAAAUACCUGAAAAUAGUGGUAUCUUUUUUAAUUUUUGAAAUUUUGAUUUUUUUAUGACGGUAACUGGAGUCUUUAGACUGAAGUGAGUAAAUUUCAGUGCUUCCCUAUCAAAAUUUGUGAUUUUAAAGUGCUAAUGUGUACUCUCACUAGCAAUUUAGAAGAAAAAUACUAACAGAAAAGCAUUACUUUUAUAAAAUCAAUUUUUUCACUUUGAUUAUACAGAAAUCCACCUCAGUUGUCUCCAAUCAACAAGUUAUAUUUUUUACUGCUUUUUUUUUAUCUCUAGAAUUGCCAUACUUGGGUACUUACACCUUUCGAACAUGUAUGGCUAAUGUGAUAGUACAGAAGAAAUUAUUUCCUAAUUAUUAUAUGUAAAUAAUUUUUUUUUUGUGUGUGUGGUUCUUCAGAACCUUGAUAUUUUGGAUAGGUAGUGAGAUCUAGUAUGUACGUGGUGCGAUAAUUUAGCCGUGCAUGUGUAUUAGGACCAAUUGUGGGGAUUGGUUGGAUCCAAGCCCAUUCAUUCUCAAAAUUCAGGCGUGCAAAUAAAAAUAGUGCAUGUUUCAUUAAACUUGAACAAAAACAAAUGAAAAUAAAUAAUAUCCAGGACCAUAGUUGGCUUACAGUUUACAAGAUUGUAACAAUGCAUCAUUGGCUAACUAUUGUGUUAUUUAAUUUGAUUAAACUUGAAUUCCUAAACUGUCUUGUGUUUCUUGGAUUCAACUAUUCCAUCCCUAACAUUAUGUGACCUGCACUACAGUUAUGUAGAUAAGGAACAUGAUGAGGACUUUGUGAUAACAAAAGAUGCUGCUGUUUUUGUCAGUAUUAUACUUGCAAAAAAAAAUAUAAUAACCUCUAUAAGCAUAACUUUUGAUUCUGUAUAUAAAUGUAUUUUGAUGUUCAUAAAUGUCAUGUAUUUCUAAAUUGUAUGUAAUUUUAUGUACAUAAUUUUUGUUGGAUGCUCAUGACCAUUCGCCCUGAUUGUCCGCAACGUCCAUAAAGUUACGAUACAGAAUCCCUCCAUGAAAAAUUUUCAUUUAAUGGAAUAAUAAUAAUAAAAUAAACUGUGAUAAAUUAUUUUUCCAGUUAUUGCAAAUGUUGCACAUUGCAGAAAAAUAAUUUUUUAUAGAUGUGGUUAUCCUGAAUUAAUCAAAAUUCUGUCUUGAUAAGAAACAAUUUAUUUAGAGUGCAUAAAAUUGUUGGAAAUGUGAUUUACCAUUUGCAUCUUAAAACAUGUAGUCUUUAUGUUUUACAAGCCAUUUAUGCUUGAUGACCAUGUUCAUUUUUUUUUUUAAAUGUCCAUUUCAAAAUUUCUAAGUUAAUUCAUUAUUUGAUUAAAAUUUUAAUAACUUGUAAGCAUUUUAACUAUCUGCAAUUUAAUAGCCAUAAAAUUAUGUGAGUUAUUUGCCUAAUUUUUAUCAUAUUCAAGAUAUAUAUUCAUAAUAAUCAUGGUUGUCAAUUUUUAAAUGUUAUCUGCCCUAUGUACUACACUUGCAUAAUUUUACUCCUAUUUUGUUCAUACAAAUUGUACUUAAUUCAAAAAGGUGUCUAAUGAAGUCCAGUAGAAGAGACCUGCUAAUCCAGACCUGAUGGGAUUGGACUCUGUCCGAAUCACCUAAAGUCCAGAAAAAAUUAAAUUUUCCUUUAAAUGCAUGUUAUACAUGUUUUAGGUAAGUAAAAUUAUAUAAAUGAUGUUUUUUCUACAAAUGUAACUUCUGCUACAGCUUAAUUUUAUUUUAAAUACUACUAUAUAUGUAUACCUAAGUUUUUAACCUACGAAUCCUGCUUUUUUUUAAUCCCCUUCACGAUUAACCAAAUGUCUGGAUGAGCAGUGUCAUGAUUAGCGGUACUUUGCCGUGUUGUGUGUUUGUUCCGGAAAUAUGACUGUCAGAUCAUAGAAUGCAUUAAUUACUCAUGUACUUUUCAUGUCCAACACCAAUACUUGCUUUAAAUUUAUUAAAACUUUCUUAACCAACUUGAUUAUGUAUUUGCAAGUUAUUGUGAAUGUGAUAUGUUGUUUAAAAUAACACUGAUGUUACUUCUGCAAAAGCUUUUUCAGGUUAUUUAUAACAAAUAUUGUUUCAAUUUUUUUUUUUCACCUGUGAUUGGGUUAUGUUUUAAUGUAGUCACACCUUAUGUUCCUUAAAUUUUUAUUUUCCUACUGGUUGUAAAAUUUAUGUUAACCCAUAUACUUGUAAUGUAUUGCUAGUUAGAUGUGAGUACAAAACCCUAACAUAGUUUUAGCUUUGGUUAAAUAUUUGUUCACAGUCUAUAAAGGAUUGUUACUUUAAAAUAAGAUAUGACUUUCAGUCGAAUGACAGUGUGUGCAUGUGUUUGCUAAGUGUAUACCUACCUGCUGAGGUUUUUAACUGCUUUUGCUAUUACACUAUAUUAUCAUGUUUACGAUAAUAAGUGUUAAAGAUGGAAUUGUACUGUGUUUACCUAUGCACCACCAAGUGUGUAAAACUAAUAAUUUAUGUUUUAUUUUUAAUUUAGUGCUUAGAAAGGAAAAUAUUAUCUGGAAAAAAGUUCCAUUAUCUAUAUUAAAUAUCAAUACAAAUUAAUUUGUAGUUUUAUGUAAAAAAAAUUCUAUUACCAUUUUGUGAUUUUACACAGUAAUAAAUACUGUGUGUUUAUAUUAUAUAUAUGUGCUUCUUUUUCCAUAUUCCAAAAUAACGGGACUUUUUCAAAAUUCUGGGGGGUUGGGGGGGGGAUUGUCAUUUAGACCUUUACACAUAGUUGAAUUUGUUAAAUCAAAGGAGUAUUUGUACAACAUUCUUAUUUAUUGUAUGGUAGCAAUUCUUUAGACAAGUGGGUGAUUUUCUAAAAAUUCCAAAAUUCCAUUUGGCAAUUAAGAGUUAAACAUUUUUGUAAUCUAAAUAAAAUUGGACCUUUUUAUCAAGUUAAUAAAUAUUUCAGACUUAUAAAGCACAUUUUCAUCCUAGCACGACUUGGGUUUCUCCUAAUUCGGUAGCAAAUGAAAUGUGCACGUGUUGAGUAAAUACAGUACAUUUUUUUUUUCUUCUUUUUCAAGCAACAAAAUUUCAGCCAUGUGAAUGGAAUGGAGUCUCCUUUCGCUUGAGGAUCACCACGGUGGUGUCACCAUAACAAUGUGAGGUGUAACGAUGGUGUGGCGACAGUGGUGCGCAUAAUCCGUCGCAACCGACGAACAUGUUGCAGACCACGGGCCGAUCCUCGAAUGGGGAAAGUGCAUGUGUUCAGCAUUUCAUUUGAACACUGUGGUUGCCCUUAUGAAGCAGAGCGUGCUGGACAGGCGAUGGGUGCAUAGAAUGUCGACCAAUUUGUUUUCUGGUCAAGGUUACGGAACUACCUGGAAAGGUUUGUGUGUUCGGAUGUUCCACAUUCAUUUAAGGCUUAGUCAGUUAAAUGAUUACCACCAUUGUUGAAGUACAUACAUCUUCACCCUGAAUAGGUCUUAAUGACUAAAAAGUGAUUUUAAAUCAAUGCAAAUUAAUGUUUUGCGAGAGUUAAUUUGUAAAGGGGUUUCUUUAGUUAUUAGCCAGUGUCUGCGCGUAUUGUAAAUAUAUUGUAUGUUUGCUCCUGUCUCGAAUGCAGAAUAUUUAUUACUGCAACAUGGUCUAUAAACAUGCCUACAUAUUUCAUCAAGCGCCAAGUUUAACCGGACUUAACUACUUGAUUGCCAUACACGUUCAGACAUUCAGCAUGAGGGCCAGACUUGCAGCCGCCCAGCAGUCAUACGCUCUGUCGCCGCUAGAAACAGCCUGUAUCGCUGCGUCACCGCGACUUCUCUGGCCGGCACACCGUACGUGGCACAUGAUCGCAAAGAAAUCUACAGACUAGAAAUAAAAAAACUAUUUGAACAGAAAUAAUUUCUCAUCUACGUGUACAUUAGAACCCUGUUAUAACGUAUUUCAAGAGGGCUAAAGAAAAGGGGGAGGGGGAAACGUUAUAAGCCGGAAAUAUCAAUUUAACACUUGUCAGUGUUUGAACUUGCUUAUCAGUAUGAAAUAUAUAUAUAUUUUUUUUGAUUGGUCUGCAUUUGUUCUCUACCACAUGUCGGCUACUUCUUGACUGAUACUUGCCGCAAAUCACUGUGCUUUCUACCACGAGUCACGUGAAAUGCUUCUUAAAGUUGUGCGAUGUGGUGGCCAGUGUAAUAGUGCCUUGUCGCCGCCACAUUUCUCACGGCUCGUGUGAAACGCCUCGUUGAAACAUGUAAUUUUACGUUUUGGUGACGGCGUGGUGGCCCUGUGUGAAAAGAGCUUGAAACAAAUACCCUAGAAAACAAUAUUGGACAGCUUUGUGCUAGAUCAGCACAACCGAGCGUGCAGCACGCAACCUAGCUGCAAUGUGGGACACUACAGUAAUAUUUUGGAAAUAAAUAUUUACAAUGUCAAUUCUGUUACCUUGUUGCAUACAAGUAUUUUUCACUCAUGUUGGAAAACUUGAAACACUGAAGGUUUAUUUAACCCGAAAUUAUUAUAAACAUUAAAAAGUGUUUUAAUGCGAAAAUAAAAAGUAGUUUUGCUUUCAUGUUACUAUUAUCAAUUCCAAUCAAAUGCAGUGUUGAUACUGAAAACAUCUUUUGAACAGGUGUGACCACAAUGCCAGGUUUUCACAAUCUUGAAGCUGUCCUGUAUUAUUCUCUAGCAUAUUUGCCUAAAAUACAAAUACAUGUGUUACUGAGGUGUCAUUAAUUUUAAAUGAAGUAACUUAUACUGCCAAAAAAAAUGAGCCUUAAUUAUUGUGACUUUUACAUGUCUCGAUACAGAUAAAUAACUCAAAUGUUAAUUUUAAUCUCAUUAAACAAGUGUGCAAGUUUUUCAAUUUUUUUUCUGGAUUGUGUGUGUUUCAAAGUUGCAUAGAUCUUGGUGUACCGGUUCUUUCUGUGUGUGUAUGUGUGUAUUAAUGUUUAUAGAAAGAUGAAACAUUCAUAGUGAGUAAAAUAAAUUUUUGACACUGGAA